AACAAGUAGUCUGAGAUCCUGUAACAUUACGUAAUAGAAAUUAAUAGAAAUCUGUUUCUAUUAAUUUCUAGAAAUUAUUGGUAAAUACUUGUACGUUAGAAUGGCUAUUCUAACAACAAAUUGGACACAAGAUUUAUUUUUCUACAUAACUUUAUUACUCUUGGGUCUUUAUUUCUAUUUAACAAGAAAUUUCAACCAAUGGAAGAAAAUCGGUGUUAAGUAUCUUCCCCCAAGUAUUUUAUUUGGAAAUAUCCGGGAAUGUAUUCUUGGGAAACAAACUGCUUACGAUUUUCUACAAGAUGUUUAUAAAAUUGGCGAAGGCGAAAAGUUGAUCGGUUUUUAUGCCAUGGAUCGGCCAUACUUAAUGGUGCGAGAGCCAGAACUCCUAAGGCGUGUUUUUGUCAAAGAUUUCCACAAUUUUAGUAACAGAUUGAUGGCGGGCUAUAAAAAUGACGUGCUAGGAUCGUUUAACGUUUUCCUCAUCAAUAAUCCACCAUGGAAACAAUUACGUCAAAAAUUGACUCCAUUAUUCACAACGGGAAGACUUAAAAAGAUGUUUCAUCUGUUUAUGGAAAUUAACGAGGACUUCCAAAUUUAUUGUGAUAAAUUAGAUAUUGAUGAUAAAAUUGGUAAGCCUGUGGACGUUAAAGAAACAUGCGCAAGUCUCACGACAGAUUUUAUCGGUAUAUCGGCUUACGGCAUGAAAUUCAAUUCUUUGUUGAAUCCAAAAGCCGAAUUUCGAAGAUAUGGCAGAGCAAUGUUCAAGAGUACCUACUUACGUCAUUUAGAAACCUUAGCUAUUUUCUUUGUGCCAGCUUUGAGGCCUUUGACAAAUCCGAAAUUCUUCGGCGAUGGGUCCGAUUUUAUAAUGGACACCUUUCACUAUGUAAUAAAGGAGAGAAUAAAGAGCAGACAGAAGAGAGACGAUUUAGUCGACGCACUCAUUCAAAUGAAUGAAAGUCAAAUCGAUGGUGCUUACAAGUUGAAUCUAGAUCAACUGAUUGCUCAAGCAGCGAUAUUCUUUUCCGCCGGAUUUGAAACUUCUUCCACGACAAUGUCAUUUGCUCUGUACGAAUUAGCGAAAAAUCAGGAAAUACAAAAUAAGCUACGAGAAGAGAUUCUAACUGCUAUGGAAAAAGCAGGUGGUAAAUUAACUUAUGAAUGGGUAACGAGUAUUCCAUAUUUACAUAUGGUGAUUAAUGAAACGAUGAGAUUAUAUCCAGUGCUUGCGUGGGUGGAUCGAAUAGCAGAUAAUGAUUAUACGUUCCCUGGCACCAAUGUAACUAUACAGAAAAAUACAGCACUUGUGUUACCUAUGAAGGGUCUACAAACCGAUCCAAAGUACUGGCCAAAUCCUCAAAUAUUCGAUCCAGAUCGGUUUUCCGAUGAAAAUAAAAACAAUAUAGUACCAUUUACGUUCUUUCCUUUCGGCCUGGGACCACGAAAUUGUAUAGGCGAAAGAUUAGGCUAUCUGCAGGCCAAGCUUGGUUUAAUCAACUUUAUUAGCAGAUUCACAAUUACACCUUGCGAACAAACGCCAAAGACAAUUACGUUUGAUCCGCUUAGGGUUUUUACUUACACACGUGGUGGCUUAUAUCUGAAUUUUAGAAAGCUCGCGAAAUAGAAAACUAUGUAAUCUGUUCUUUAAGCGCUUUAGUGAAAAAAAAAUCUUCAAAUAAAGAUAGAAUCUAUUGUUUUCUAUUUGUUUUC